AUGUAUUAUGACCGAAAUUGUAAGUCUUUGCCCGCACUCAAUGUAGGAGACCCCGUCAUAAUAUGUGAUAAUAAUAAUAGUAGAUGUCGGGGUACGGUGAUUGGGCGAGCAAACACUCCUAGGUCUUAUAUAAUUGAGAACAAAUUUGGAUCACGUUAUCGGCGCAACCGGCGCCAUUUAAAACAAAUUGUAAAACCUGAUCCGCUGUUAUCUAAAAAUGAAGAUCAUCAUGAUCAAAAUAAUUUAAUAAGUGAGCCUGACGGUGACGACAGUUCACCAGAUGAAGUGGAACGCACUUCCAAGGAGCGUUCCAUAAUUUUAACCAGAAGUCGGGCGAAAAAACUGAAAUAUGCAACUCUUGACUUGGGAGAUCAAGCAAUCAAAACAGCUUUACUUAAAAAGACUGAAACUGGUUUUAUAGAGGAAGAUAAAAGAGGGAAACAUAAAAACCACCCCAAAGUAGACCUUGCAGUUAAAGAGAGUGUUGUUCAAUUCAUCCAUUCUAUUCCUCGUAUUGAAUCGCACUAUCUCCGAGCUCAAACUACACGGGAAUACAUUCUUAGCGAGAGGUCGUUAGCAGACAUUUACCGAGAUUAUAAGGAUUUACGGCAAGCAACUUACCAUUUGCUUCUGAAUCAACAUUUCAGCGGAUAUUCAACUUCGACUUUAACAUCGGAUUUUUUAGUCCAAAAAAAGAUUUGCGUGAUUUGUGUGAGAGUUAUAAAAAUGCAAAUGCCGAAGAAAAAAUGA